AAAAAUGAAUUUCAUUGUGUUCAAGCGUUACAUUCGACAUUUGUACGUUAAUACAAUUGGUUUGAAAUAAAUUUAUUCAGGAUAAACAUUAUCUUUAAGACCAAAACAGAAAAACAACAAUGGAAAAGAGAUACAUAAGAUGUACUUGGGCAAACAUUUUAUAUCUGGCACAAGGCUUUGUACUUGCAGGCAUUGGUGUUGCAGGUGUGGUAAUGUUCAAGCGCUAUGGUGAAGAAUGUGUUCGCGCGAGAGGAAUAUACAUAGUGCUCUUACUUCAUGCUUGUUUUCAAUUGAUAUCAACUGUGAUUUACAUCAAAUGUAAUUUUAAAUUUAGGAUGUCCAGGAUAUUUACUGCAUACUUUUUAUGGGGUUGUAUGAUUGGCUGCCUUGCAACAUAUCAAGCUGUGCUAUCUUACGAAUAUAAACAGGCAAUUACUUUUCAUGUGUUCACAAAUAUUCUAACAGGGCUGUUGGUCUUGCUAGUGAGUAUACUUAAAAUAAAUUAAUUUUUCACACAAAGUUUCGACAAAUAUAAGUUUGACUUGGUCACUCACAUUUUUUUACUUGUAAUAUAUGCAUUAAAUUAUCGAGUUAACUACUGAGAGACAAAUUAGACCAUUAGACCCAAUGUUCUAGGUUAAAUGUCAAGAGAAAUUAUGCAUGUACUACACCAGAGG